UUUAAUAAGACUUUCUUGCCCCUCUAAGAACAGUUGACUCUUUAGGCUUUUUCCCCCCUGCCUUAUCAUCAUCUAUACAUUUUUACUUUUUUUUGCUAGAUCUACACCUUAAUUUCUCUACCAAUGACUUCAUAUCCUCCACCAGGGUAUGGUGCACCACCACCACCACCACCAGGCGGAGGGUACUACCCUCCGCCACCAGGACCACCUAAUUAUCAAGGUUAUUUCAAUAACGAUCAAUGUUGUCCACCACCACCACCACCUCCUCAACAUAUUUACCACCACCAUCACGAUGAUCACCACCACCACCAUCACCACCAUAGUGGUUGUCUAUCAUUUCUUAGAGGCUGUUUGGCUGCUCUUUGCUGUUGCUGUAUUUUGGAAGAGUGCUGCUGCUGCUGCUGCUUUUAGUUGGUUCCAAAUGUCAUGUGACUGUCAAAAUUGUUUUAUUUACUUUAUUUCUGAAAACUUUUUUAAGAAUUAAAGUUUGGCUGUGUGAGGAUUUUAUUUCUUUUGACUAUAUAUAUGUAUUUUUAAUUGGAGGCAAGUUUCUGUAUAAUAUGAUUAGGGGCAUUUGUUGUUUGAUUUGAA